AUGCCGCCCCAAUUCACCCAAGACAACAUCCAGGAACUCAAGUUCCGUUUGGAGGAUGCCGCGAUCAAGUGCUCCGAACGAUGCCUCUAUCAGUCCGCCAAAUGGGCCGCCGAGAUGCUGGACUCGGUCGUGCAACUCGAUCAGUACGAUACGGACCCCGAAUCUCCAAUGGAUAUCACCGAAAGCCCCCCGGUGCCGGUGAACCCGUACUUGCGAACCCAGGAUCCCUCCGAAGCUUUGCUCGAAGCUCAAGAAUCGCACAAAUACCUUCUCGCGAAGUCGUAUUUUGACACGCGCGAGUAUGAUCGUUGCGCCGCUGUGUUCCUCCCUCCCACUAUUCCUCCCAUUCCCCUGUCGACAACAGCGUCGAUAAAAACGCCAAAAGUCCCAAAAUCGUCGACCCCGCAGAAAGGGAAGAAGAGGUCAUCUGGUGUGACCGAGCAGGGCGGAGCCCGGAACCCGUACCCCCGACUCAGUCAGAAAUCCCUGUUCCUCGCAUUAUACGCCAGGUAUCUGGCGGGAGAAAAGCGGAAGGAUGAGGAGACGGAAAUGGUACUGGGGCCGGCGGACGGGGGCACGACUGUCAACAAGGAACUGCCGGGUCUGGCGCGUGGUUUAGAGGGCUGGUUCGCGGAGCAGCAGGAGAAGGGCUUGGAAGAUCGCAGUCACGGCUGGCUGGAGUAUCUCUAUGGCGUCGUGCUUCUUAAGGGUCGGAAUGAAGAGGAGGCUAAGAAAUGGCUCAUUCGAAGCGUUCAUCUGAACCCUUUCCACUGGGGCGCUUGGCAGGAACUCAAUGACCUGCUUGGAAGCACUGAAGACUUGAAACAAGUCCUCCGCCUUCUCCCCGAGAACGUCAUGACCCUGAUCUUCCAUGUAUAUUGCAGCCAGGAGCUGUACCAGGCCACCGAUGACACCUACCAAACACUAUCCGAGCUUGACUCGAUAUUUCCCACCAGCGCGUUCCUCAAGACACAGAGAGCACUGCUAUUCUACCACUCAAAAGACUUCGAAUCCGCAUCAGACAUUUUCACCGAAAUCCUCGUCACCCACCCCCACCGCCUAGACAGUCUCGAUCACUACUCGAACAUUCUCUACGUCAUGGGUGCGCGGCCCCAGCUCGCAUUUGUAGCCCAAGUCGCAACCGCCACCGACAAGUUCCGCCCGGAAACCUGCUGUGUCGUCGGAAACUACUACUCGCUCAAGUCCGAGCACGAAAAAGCGGUGAUGUACUUCCGCCGCGCACUCACACUGGAUCGCAACUUCCUCUCUGCCUGGAUCCUCAUGGGGCAUGAAUAUGUCGAGAUGAAGAACACGCACGCCGCGAUUGAAUCCUAUCGCCGCGCCGUCGAUCUCAACCGCAAGGACUGUCGCGCGUGGUACGGCCUCGGUCAAGCCUACGAAGUCCUCGACAUGUCCUUCUACGCCCUGUUCUACUACCAACGUGCUGCUGCCUUGCGCCCCUACGAUCCCAAGAUGUGGCAGGCCGUCGGCACCUGUUACGCUGAAAUGGGUCGCAUCGAGCAGAGCAUUAAGGCAUUGAAGCGGGCCCUCGUCGCGGGGGCAUAUUAUGCCGACGACGCAUCGCAGACCGGCGGGGCCGCCCGCAAGAUCCUCGACCCGGAGACUCUCCAUCAGAUCGCAACUCUGUACGAGCGGCUCGGUGACGAGGAAGAGGCUGCCGCCUACAUGGAACUCACUCUUCAACAGGAGUCAGGGCAGAUGCCCGUGGAAGACGAGGAGUCCUCGGAUAAUGAAAACGAUGACGGUCAAUCGGAAGGCGGGGACACUCAGCGCGGGUCGCGGCAGGGUAAAUCCUCGUUCAACCAACAGGAAGAGGAGGAGGUAAGCUGGCAUGGCACUGGUGUAACAACGACGACUUCGAAAGCGCGGCUCUGGCUGGCUCGUUGGUCGCUCCGUAAUGGGGACCUCGAACGUGCGGAUCAGUUGGCCGGUGAGUUAUGCCAGGACGGUGUGGAGGUGGAAGAAGCGAAGGCAUUGAUGAGGGAUGUCCGGGCCAGGAGGGAGGGCGAUGAGUAG